CCCGCCCCCUUCGUGCGCGCUGCUCCCUGCGGCCGCUGCCGCCUGUAACCUGCGCCGCCAGGAUGUGGCUGGGGGCUGACGUCGGGUCCAGAUGUGGCCCCGGCCCCGCCCACCCCCGGGGCCGGUCCGCCCACACCGAGCCGCGGCGCGCACGGAGGCUGUCCCGCCUGCCACAAUGCACGGUGGAACUGCGACCGCAACUUGCAGGGGUCGUGCCUAACGUCGCCGCCGCUCGACGUCCCUAGGACAGGCGGGUUCUGACGCCGCACGCGGACCCACCUCACUGGAGCCCCCCAUGCGCUCACCCUCCAGUGCCCGGCCAGGCGGACGCGGAGCCGCGCGGGUGACGGCAGAAGCGGCUACGCGCCCAGCCUAGCCCAGCCCAGCCGGAGAAGAGGGCGCGCCGCGCCCCCGCCCCCCGCCGCUCUCCGGAGGCCGUGGGUGCGGAUGCGCCGCUGACGACUCCUGCGAGAGCACCGCGCGCCCGAGCCCGCAGCAUGGCAGCCGCCGCCUAUGUGGAUCACUUUGCCGCCGAGUGCCUCGUGUCCAUGUCCAGCCGCGCAGUCGUGCACGAGCCGCGGGAAGGACCUGAACCCCGGCCCGAGGGCGCGGCCGCCGCCGCCCCCACACUGCCCCGCGUUGACGAGCGCCGCGACGGCAAGGACAGCGCCUCGCUUUUCGUGGUAGCUCGGAUCCUAGCGGACCUCAACCAGCAGGCGCCGGCCCCCGCCCCCGCGGAACGCAGAGAAGGGGCUGCUGCGCGCAAGGCGAGGACCCCCUGCCGCCUGCCGCCCGCGCCCCCUGCGCCGCCGCCCGGCCCAGAGCCCGCCUCCCCCGGACAAGCAGGCGCGCCGGCCGCGCCCCCCAGCCCCGCGUGGAGCGAGCCCGAGGCGGCAUUGGAGCCAGAGCCGGGCCCCGCGGGGAGCGGCGAGCCUGGCCUCAGACAAAGGGGUCGGCGGGGCCGGAGCCGCGCGGACCUCGAGUCCCCGCAGAGGAAGCACAAGUGCCACUACGCGGGCUGCGAGAAAGUUUACGGGAAAUCUUCGCACCUCAAGGCGCACCUGAGAACUCACACAGGUGAGAGGCCCUUCGCCUGCAGCUGGCAGGAGUGCAACAAGAAGUUCGCGCGCUCGGACGAGCUGGCCCGACACUAUCGCACGCACACGGGCGAGAAGAAGUUCAGCUGCCCCAUCUGCGAGAAGCGCUUCAUGCGGAGCGACCACCUGACGAAGCACGCACGCCGCCACACCAACUUCCACCCGGGCAUGCUGCAGCGGCGUGGCGGGGGCUCGCGGACCGGCUCGCUCAGCGACUACAGCCGCUCGGAUGCCAGCAGCCCCACCAUCAGCCCGGCCAGCUCACCCUGAGCACCCGCACCCGGACCGCGCCUCCUCGCCCCUUUGGUAAUAGGAAAGCUGAGCGAACUUGAGAAGUCCACAGCAAAACAGUUUUCUUCACCUCAGGUGUCAAUUUUUAACAAAAAAGGAAAAAAAAUUUUCUCAAAACAAAACAAAACAAAACAAAA